ACAGCUAGUCAACAAAAACAGCUGAAACGGUGAAAAAACGUUAUGACGGUGCUCAAGAAAAAGCUCAACCGACAAAAGUCAUGCACUGUUUAAAACUCAUUUGCUUGUUUUGGCUCAUAUUGUUGCGCUUGUAUGUUUCAGCUGCCAUAUUCUCCUCUCCAUUGUACACCCCCUGUCACUUACGAGGAAGGUUUCAUCUAAAUGGGAUGCACAAAGCUGGAGAUGUGGUGCUGGGGGGGAUGUUUACAGUGCACUUAUUUUCUGUUACCCCUGACCUGUCUUUUGACUCGGAGCCAGCGCAGCUUACAUGCUAUGGUUUUGACGUUCUAGGGUUACGACAGGCCCAGACCAUGGCCUUUGCGAUCGAAGAGAUCAACAGAAACUCCAAGCUGCUACCCAACGUGACUCUGGGGUACAGCAUGUAUGAUAACUGUCUGACUCUUGGAGUUGGACUUCGUGCAGCCCUGGCGCUGAUCAGUGGCCAACAGGAGGAAAUCAUGUUAGAGGAGAAUUGUGUAGGAAGCCCUCCAGUCUUGGGAAUUGUUGGUGAUUCUUCGUCUACACGUAUUAUUGCCAUCUCAUCUGUCUUAGGCUUGUUUAAAGUACCUAUGGUGAGUUAUUUUGCAACGUGUUCAUGUCUGAGUGACCACCAAAAGUAUCCUUCCUUCUUCAGGACGAUACCAAAUGAUGCUUUUCAGGUGCGAGCAAUGAUUCAGAUAUUAAAGCACUUCGGUUGGACUUGGACAGGGCUGCUGAUCAGUGAUGAUGACUACGGGCGCUAUGCUGCCCAGUCCUUCCACACGGAUCUGAGCCUGUCUGGUGAAGGAUGUCUGGCUUAUGUAGAGGUGCUGCCCUGGAACAGAGAUUUACCUGAACUGAAGAGGAUUGGUGAUGUAAUGAAGAAAUCCACAGCUCGUGUGGUCAUCGUCUUUGCACAUGUGGGGCCGAUGAUUAAUCUCAUGGAAGAGGUGGUGAGGCAGAAGCUGACAGGCCUGCAGUGGUUGGCCAGUGAAGCCUGGUCCACAGCUGCUUUGCUUCAGACUCCUGAGCUCAUGCCGUACCUGGGUGGUACCUUGGGCAUUGCAGUUCGUCGAGGAGAAAUACCAGGUCUCAGAAACGUCCUGUUGCAAACUUACCCUGAUCUACAUUACAAUGACAGCAAUGAAAAUAACAUGGUGAACCAGUUUUGGGAAUUCACCUUUCAGUGCAGAUUUGCACCACCUCCAGCAGGUUGGGUGGAGAACGGGGGAACAUUAUGCACCGGAGAAGAAGACUUACAGAGUGUGGAAACUGAGUUCUUGGACGUUUCUAACCUCAGGUCUGAGUACAAUGUUUACAAGGCUGUGAAUGCUCUGGCAUACGCUCUUGAUGAUAUGUUGAAGUGUGAGCCAGGAAGAGGGCCUUUCACUGAGAACAGCUGUGCCACUUUACAAACACUUCAGCCUUGGCAGCUUGUUUAUUACCUGGAAAAGGUCAAUUUCACCACAUCAUUUGGUGAUCAGGUGUCGUUUGAUAAGAAUGGUGACGCUUUACCCAUUUAUGAUGUUAUGAACUGGAUGUGGCUCCCUGAUGGAAGAACAGAGGUACAAAAUGUGGGAGAUGUUAAAACGUCAGAAUUUAAUGGUGAAGAACUGAAGCUUCAUGAAGACAAAAUCUUCUGGAAUUCUGAUUCCAAAAAGCCAACCAGGUCAGUUUGCAGUGAGAACUGCCCUCCAGGAACUCGCAUGGUGAGAAAAAAGGGGGAACCUAUUUGCUGUUUUGACUGCAUUCCUUGUUCCGAGGGAAAGAUCAGUAAUAGCACCAAUUCUUUGGACUGCUUCAGUUGUCCAGAAGACUUCUGGUCCAGGCCCCAACAUGACCAGUGUGUUCCCAAGAAAACAGAGUUUAUGUCCUAUGAGGAACCUCUGGGAUUGUGUUUGACUGCUGCCUCGUUACUGGGGACAUUUAUCUGUGCUGUUGUUCUGGGGAUAUUCAUCUAUCACCGCAGUACUCCCAUAGUCAAAGCCAACAACUCAGAAGUGAGUUUUCAGCUGCUGCUGUCACUCAAGUUAUGUUUCCUGUGUUCGCUGCUGUUCAUUGGACGACCCAGACUGUGGACAUGCCAGCUGAGACAUGCAGCCUUUGGGAUCAGCUUUGUUCUUUGUGUUUCGUGCAUCCUGGUUAAAACCAUGGUGGUUCUGGCUGUGUUCAAGGCCUCCAAGCCAGGAGGUGGCGCCAGCCUUAAGUGGUUUGGUGUUUCACAGCAGAGAGGAACAGUUUUAGUUCUUACCUCAGUUCAAGCAGCAAUCUGCACAGUUUGGCUUGUCUUAUCCUCACCCAUGCCCCAUAAAAACACACAAUACCACAAUGACAAGAUAGUUUAUGAGUGUGCAAUCGGCUCAGCUAUUGGCUUUACUGUAUUAUUGGGCUACAUUGGUUUUCUAGCUAUCAUUAGUUGUCUGAUUGCAUUCCUUGCGAGGGAUCUUCCAGACAACUUCAAUGAGGCCAAACUCAUCACUUUCAGCAUGCUGAUCUUCUGUGCCGUGUGGGUGGCCUUUGUUCCUGCUUAUAUCAGCUCACCUGGUAAAUAUGCAGAUGCAGUGGAGGUGUUUGCCAUCCUGGCUUCCAGUUUUGGCAUUUUGGUGUCUCUGUUUGGACCCAAAUGUUACAUAAUCCUGCUGAAACCAGAGAGGAAUACAAAGAAAGCCCUGAUGGCCCGAGGCACCAAAGACACAGCAUAAAAUAAAAAUUUAAAUCAAGCAGAGCAAGACAAAUGUAUGGAUGGGCACUUUUUUUUCAUGCAUCUUUUUCUAAAAAUGCAUCCCCAUUCAAAUCAAUUUUGAAAGAACUCCACUGCUACUAUUUGUUUUGUUUUCAAAAUGGAUUGUGGUUUAUGAAUUAACUUAUAUUUAUGACCUCCAACUUAUCAAUGGUUAAUGAAAGAAAUUCACAAAAUACUUUGGGCAAUUGUCUUAAUGUACCUGAUAAUUAUUUUACCUGUAUUAAUUUGAUAUAAAAGCUAAACAGAAACCCUUUUAUGGCUCUCAUAAAAAUCCAACUUCUCUGGCCCCACAAAUGAUCCUACUGUGAAGUUGUGUUGCAAAAUGAACAGAAGAUUUAUUUUGUCCAUUACAAUGUGUUUAUUUCCUCCCAUUUGUCAUCUAUAUUCAUAUUUUGUGACUCUAAUUUGGUCUUAG